AGAGGGAUGCGGGCGGCAGAGCGCGAGAGGCGGCUGCGGGGCUGCGGAGCGCCUUGAGUCUCCCUCCUCCCGGCCUCCCUGGGCUCCUCUCCUCUGCCCGGUGGACUGCCGCCGCCCCCUGUCCCCGGCUUCCCGGAGCCCCUCCUUAUGGCAGCGGCUGCCCGCGUCUCCGGCGCAGCUUCUCAGCGGACGACCCUCUCGCUCCCGGGGCUGAGCCGGGUCGCUGGAUGUUGCUGAAACUCUGGAGAUCAUGCGCGGGUUCGGCCGCUGCUUCCCCGCCCGGUGCCACUGCCGUCGCCGCCGCCUCUGCUGCCGCGGUCCGCGGGAUGCUCAGUAGCCCGCUGCCCGGCGCCCGCGAUCCUGUGUUCUUCGGAAGCCGUGUGCUGCUGCAGAGUUGCGCGAACUAGUCAUGGUGCUGUGGGAGUCCCCGCGGCAGUGCAGCAGCUGGACACUUUGCGAGGGGUUUUGCUGGCUGCUGCUGCUGCCGGUGAUGCUACUCAUCGUAGCCCGUCCGGUGAAGCUCGCCGCGUUCCCUACCUCCUUAAGUGACUGCCAAACGCCCACCGGCUGGAACUGCUCUGGUUAUGAUGACAGAGAAAACGAUCUCUUCCUCUGUGAUACCAACACCUGUAAAUUUGAUGGGGAAUGUUUAAGAAUUGGAGACACUGUGACUUGCGUCUGUCAGUUCAAGUGCAACAAUGACUAUGUGCCUGUGUGUGGCUCCAAUGGGGAGAGCUACCAGAAUGAGUGUUACCUGCGGCAGGCUGCAUGCAAACAGCAGAGUGAGAUACUUGUGGUGUCAGAAGGAUCAUGUGCCACAGAUGCGGGAUCAGGAUCUGGAGAUGGAGUCCACGAAGGCUCUGGAGAAACUAGUCAAAAGGAGACAUCCACCUGUGACAUUUGCCAGUUUGGUGCCGAAUGCGAUGAAGAUGCUGAGGAUGUCUGGUGUGUGUGCAACAUUGACUGUUCUCAGACCAACUUCAAUCCCCUCUGUGCUUCUGAUGGGAAGUCUUAUGAUAAUGCAUGUCAAAUCAAAGAAGCAUCAUGUCAGAAACAGGAGAAAAUUGAAGUCAUGUCUUUGGGUCGAUGUCAAGAUAACACAACUACAACUACUAAAUCUGAAGAUGGGCAUUAUGCAAGAACAGAUUAUGCAGAGAAUGCUAACAAAUUAGAAGAAAGUGCCAGAGAACGCCACGAACCUUGUGCAGAACAUUACAAUGGCUUCUGUAUGCACGGGAAGUGUGAACAUGCCGUCAAUAUGCAGGAGCCAUCUUGCAGGUGUGAUGCUGGUUAUACUGGACAACACUGUGAAAAAAAGGACUACAGUGUUCUAUAUGUUGUCCCCGGUCCUGUACGAUUUCAGUAUGUCUUAAUCGCAGCUGUGAUUGGAACAAUUCAGAUUGCUGUCAUCUGUGUGGUGGUCCUCUGCAUCACAAGGAAAUGCCCCAGAAGCAACAGAAUUCACAGACAGAAGCAAAAUACAGGGCACUACAGUUCAGACAACACAACAAGAGCGUCGACAAGGUUAAUCUAAAGGGAGCAUGUUUCACAGUGGCUGGACUACCGAGAACUUGGACUACACAAUACAGUAUUAUAGACAAAAGAAUAAGACAAGAGAUCUACACAUGUUGCCUUGCAUUUGUGGUAAUCUACACCAAUGAAAACAUGUACUACAGCUAUAUUUGAUUAUGUAUGGAUAUAUUUGAAAUAGUAUACAUUGUCUUGAUGUUUUUUCUGUAAUGUAAAUAAACUAUUUAUAUCACACAAUAUAGUUUUUUCUUUCCCAUGUAUUUGUUAUAUAUAAUAAAUACUCAGUGAUGAGAAAACAUUGGCAUUCUUAAAUUUGCGGUAUCUCAUAACUGUAAAUAUAAUCAAACAAGUACAAUCUGUACAGGUACCAAUAUUUCAUCUUUCUCCACAUUUUGAGACAGCACAUUAGUUUGUAGAGGACUCAGUGGCUAGGUUUUGAGUGAUUCCAAGAUCAAGGGAAAUGAUGGUUAUUGGAAAAGAGAAAAAAUAAUUUACUUUAUAUCGAGUGCAGAUAAAAUAUUUCAGAUCUUUGAGUCAUCUCUAUUUCAUCAACUUUCUUCCCUGGUUUUCCAUUUUCAUCCUCAGAGCAGAAAAAGUCUCUGGCAUAUAAAUUAAAUAAAAGAAGAAAGGAAGGGAAAGUGUUUUAUAACUCAUAAAGGAAAGAAAAGGAAGAUAUUGGUUUUUAUUUGGGAAACAGCUUAGCAUCUCCCAGUUAAGGGCAUAUAUCCAAAGGGGCUUGAACAAGUUACAUAUCAGGUAUGCAUAGGCCAGAAAAAUAUAUUCCAUUAGGCAAGUGGAAUUAACAACCAGGGGAAUAAUAAUAACACCAUUAAUGUGAAACAUCACAAUUGUGAAUUCUCAAAAGCACUAUAUUUAUGGUACAUGGUUCUUUGAAAAAAAGGUAGACUCACAACUAAAUACCCCAUGAAUAGCUUUAUAGCUAAUGCAGCACCAUUAUUUGAAAUGGAAUUAAUAUGACAAUAUUUCAUGAAAACAGAAAUAUGUUUUGAGCAUAUUUAUAUGAUGAGAUAAGAAAGAAAAUCCCAUAGCAUCUGAAAGACUUUAGUGGGAAGUUGGUAUGGAUUUUUGUUUGAUUUAUGCAUACAAAUAAGUAUCACCACUUGGUUUGGAAAAAAACUGUGAAAAUUCUCAAAGAAUAAGAUGAAAAUAAAUCAAGUAAUUGCCUUAUUAUCAUUUAGCUCUGCAAAGCUUUCCGUGGCUAACAUAGUAAAUCUAAAUAAAGCUCUCUUUGUCUCCUUCAAA